AUGGGGAUAGUGGCUGACAAGGGGCCAAGAAACCCUUGGCAGAAAAGAACAGAGCUAAUGGAACGUGAACUUGUCUUCACCCUCCAGAGCUCUGUCCACAUUGCCCAUCCGGAUAAGCUGGCAGAAGACAUUGUUGAUAGAGCCACUGAAGACAUCUCUGCCACCAUCAGGCUGGUGCUGCAAACCUCUAAUCCCCAUCAUACUGGAUGGUGCCCCUGUUCAGAAAUUAUCCGGUUUAUAUGUAGAGUAAUGAAAGGUAGUUUUGCCAGAAAAGUAAAUUUAGAGUUGUGUCUCCUGUUUGACUGUGUCCUUUCAUCAUCUAGUUCACACACAAAUGAAUUGGCAGGAGCAAGUCAGGAGGCACCUACCAAUGAAAGUCCCCAUCCAGAUGAGCUGACAGGCAUCGUCAUUGGUAGAGCCACCGAAGACAUUCCACAGACAAAUGAAUUUACAGGAGCAAACCAGGAGGCACCUGUGACUGAAAGGCCUGAUCCACACGACCUGGAUGGAGCCAUCACAGAUACAGUCACUGAUGAAAUUCCACACACAAGUAAAUUGGCAGGAGCAACCCAGGAGCAUCCAGGUACCAGGAAAAGUAUGUCAGAACAACUUUCCAGGUUUGAAGAUGAAGAAGGUGCUGAUGUUGCUGCAUAUGACAGCAAGAUUAAGAAAAUAGCACGCUCAAUUGUAUCAUCCUUUACAUUUGGAAUAUUUGGAGUUUGCCUGCUCUUAUUGAAUGUUGGUCUCAUCUUUGCCGACCUAAUUUUCGCUGAAAAGAAAGCUUCUAUCCCUUUGGAAUAUCUUUGUAUUUCUCUAUCUAUUGCCUUAUUUUUUCUCAUGGAUAUUCUUCUUCGAGUAUUUGUAGAUGGGAGACAGCAUUAUUUUUCUGACUUAUUUAACAUUUUAGAUAUUGCCAUUAUUGUGAUUACUCUGCUGGUUGAUGUCAUUUACAUUUUUUUUGACGUUAAGUUUCUUAGUGAUAUUCCCAGAUGGACACCCAUAGUUCGACUUCUACGACUUAUUAUUCUGGUAAGAAUUGUUCAUCUGGCUCAUCAAAAAAGACAGCUUGAAAAGCUGAUCAGAAGGCUGGUUUCAGAAAACAAAAGGCGAUACAUAAGGGAUGGAUUUGACCUAGACCUCACUUAUGUUACUGAACGUAUUAUCGCUAUGUCAUUUCCAUCUUCUGGAAGGCAGUCUUUCUAUAGGAACCCAAUUGAGGAAGUUGUACGGUUUCUAGACAAGAAGCACCCAAACCACUAUCGUGUCUACAAUCUCUGCAGUGAAAGAGCUUAUGAUCCUAAGCACUUCCAUAAUAGGGUCAGUAGAAUCAUGAUUGAUGACCAUAAUGUCCCCACUUUACGUGAGAUGGUGGUAUUCUCAAAGGAAGCAAGUGAGUGGAUGGCUCAAGAUCCUGAAAACAUCAUAGCGAUUCACUGUAAAGGAGGCAAAGGAAGAACUGGAACAAUGGUUUGUGCCUGUCUUAUUGCUUCUGAAAUAUUUUUAACUGCAGAGGAAAGCCUGUAUUACUUUGGAGAAAGGCGAACAGAUAAAACCAACAGCACUAAAUUUCAGGGAGUAGAAACGCCUUCUCAGAAUAGAUAUGUUGGAUAUUUUGCACAAGUGAAACACCACUACAACUGGAAUCUCCCUCCAGUAAGGAUACUCUUUAUAAAAAGAUUCAUUAUUUAUUCGAUCCAUGGUAUUGGAUCAGGCGAUGAAAAUGAUCUAAAACUCCAAAUUGUAAUGGAGAAAAGGGUUGUCUUUUCCUGUACUUCUUUAAAAAAUUGUGUGGUAAUUCAUGACGCUGAAACAGACAGAGUAAUAAUUGAUAUAUUUAACUGUCCACCUCUGUAUCAUGACGUGAAAGUGCGGUUUUUCUCUUCGGUGCUUCCUAAAUACUAUGACAAUUGUCCUUUUUUCUUCUGGUUUCACACAUCUUUUAUACAAGAUAACAGGCUUUAUCUACCAAGAAAUGAGUUGGAUAAUCCACAUAAACAAAAAACAUGGAAAAUUUACCCACCGGAAUUUGCAGUGGAGAUAAUUUUUGAGGAGAAAUGACUUACAGUGAAGUUGUAGCUGAUUAAGAAUAGUCCCCCCUUCCCCUUCUGGGAAAGAAUUAUGUUUCUUCCAACCCCCGCCACAUAUUUUUACGUUCUAAGUCUUCCCUGCUGAUAUAUCUAUGUUUAUAUAUGUUUACAUAUGUUCUUGAUAAAUCUAUUAAAUAUAUAUAGAUAAAA